AUGGCAAAGAAGAACAAAGGUCCAAAAUACAAUACCAUCGUCACCAAAGCAGGUGAAUCAUUGAAAGUCUUUGAAGAUUUAAAUGAUUUUGAAGUUUUUUUAAAAAAUGAAACUGAAGAUAAUGAAUUUGAUAAGAUCCAUUGCCAACUAAAGUACUACCCGCCUUUCAUAUUAGCUCAAGCUCAUGAUGAUCCAGAAAAGAUUAAAGAAACUGCAAAUUGUCACUCCAAGAAAUUUGUCAGACACUUACACCACCACGUGGAAAAGCAUCUCUUAAAGGAUAUCAGAGCUGCUGUGGGUCAACCUGAUUUAAAGUUCAAAAAUAAAUCAAAAGAAGAACAAUUUGAUAAAAUUACUUGGAAUUAUAAUGAUGAAGCGGAAUGUAAUGACAGGAAGUUUAAUGUCCGCAUUCAAGUCUCCUGUAAUAAUAACAACGCAAUGGUGGAUGUUGACUACAAAACUGAUCCAUUGUAA